AGGCACCAUGGCGACCAUGAGACUGUUCCUGCUGACCAUAGGCCUGACCAUGCACUCUGUGGGAUGCUAUAUUAAUCGUUCCAGGUGUGCCAAAACAGACGAGCUUUUAGGAUAUUGGUACAUAAUUCGUUGGGCAGGAAAUCUUCCUCUCCCAGAAGCAAAGCUGAGGAGUCCGCUGCCACCCUUUGUCUUGGCCAAAAACAAAAUUGGCUACUUGGAGUUCAGGAUGAACAUCUCGAAACCCAUUGGGUGUGUUGAGUUCAAGAUGGCCAUGAAUGAAGCGAAGGACUUUCCUUGCUACUUCACUCUGUGGAUGUGGCACUAUAUUUCCAUAACUUUCAUGGGAGGAGAGAACUUUGCUAUAGCCGGCUUAAAUAGUAUAACCAAUAAUGUACACCAGAAGAUGGCAAUGCUCAUGGGUCGCCGUAAUUACACUGCAGACUCAACAUUGCUCAUGGAUUUUGAAGAAUUUGUGAACAGUCUAGACCUGAACAAAACAAGCAUCAUCAACCCUCCUUAUGAUGAUUCCUGUGAACCAAACAAAAAAUCCUAGUACACAGAUGAAUGCCUGCAGUGACUAUGCAUGAACCUGACUCAGAGAGCUUCCUCCCUCUGCAGCAGCAGUCAGAUCUCCUGGUGCCAAGAGAAGACAGGGCCUCCCUCCCACACCCACCCUCCUCACUCCUUUGGUUUCAAUAAAGGUGGUAGACAGAUCCAAGCUCU